AUUUUUUUACCUCAGAUGAGAGCAGAAUGGCAGUGCCAGUGACGUCGAGUGGAAAUAGUGUAAAGUUAGUCGUGGGAAUUGACCUUGCCCCAAAUGCAGUUAAAUCUCUACAGCUGUAUCCAUUCGAAAGAAGAACUUUAGCAGAAAAACUCGUUGUAAAAGAACUCGGACCAGACAAGCCAGACGUGAAUAUAUACCAACAGGCGCGAGAAAAGGAGAAAACCUACAAAAGAACAUUUUCCAGAGGUUGGUUCGAUCGAAAGUCUUGGCUAACUAGCUGUGGUUACGCCAAUGCACUAUUUUGCUUCCCUUGCUUACUUUUUAAAACAAGUGCUUGUGAUAGCUCGUGGACACAGACAGGGGUGACAGACCUGAAACAUAUGUCAGAACGCAUUAAGAAACAUGAGCGGACAAGAGUGCAUAUGGACAACUCUCUGAAGCUAGCCAUGUUAGGCCGAAUUAACAUAGCCACACAGUUAGAUGAGGGACACCGCAUUGCCAUAAGAAGGCACAACGAGGAGGUGGACAGAAAUCGGCAUAUUUUGUCAAAGAUCAUUGAUGCCGUGAAAUUUUGUGGUGCCUUUGAACUUGCCUUGCGCGGUCACGAUGAGAGUGACGCAUCAGAAAACCCUGGCAUUUUCCUGGGUCUAAUUGAUCUAAUGGCCUCAAUCGACCGCGAGUUGGAGGUACACCUGGAGAACGCUACUGUUUUUAAAGGCACUUCGAAGACCGUGCAAAAUGAACUGUUAGACUGCAUGUUGUCAGUUCUCAGAGACCGCAUUCUGGAAGAGGUGAAACACUCGGACUAUAUUGCCAUUCAGGCAGACGAGACAACCGACAUCUGCACUCAUUGUCAGCUCGUGCUUGUGUUACGGUACAUAGAUGGUCACAAUAACAUUCAAGAACGCUUUUUUGAGUUUAUUGCGCUUCCAAAUGCGACCGCUGAUACGAUUGCCACUGCGUUAUUGGAAAGGCUGAGCACCAUUCUUCCUGCGGGACAAGAGAAAAAAUUAAUUGCCCAGGCCUAUGAUGGUGCCGCAGUGAUGAGGGGUGCUACUGGUGGAGUGCAGCGUAAAGUGCAAGACGUCUACGGGAGUGCAUACUACGUUCACUGUUACGCGCAUCAGUUGAACCUCAUAAUGCAGCAGGCAACAUCUCACAUCCCAAAGAUCGGUCAGUUUUUUUCAGACAUUGGGGGGUUUUCUGCCUUUUUUUCCAAGUCGUUCAAACGAACGGCAGUGCUGGAUGAAGUGGUGGCACACCGACUUCCAGGUACUUCAACAACGCGAUGGAACUUCCAUAGUCGUGCUGUUAACACAGUUUACGAGCACAAAACUGAACUGAUUAAGUGCUUCCAAACCAUUCGAGACAGUGGAGACUUUGAUGCCAUAUCGAAAAGAGAGGCCGGGGGUUGUAUGAGAAUGUUGGAAGAUGAGGUUUUCUGUUUCAUUCUGGCGUUAUUCCACAAAGUUAUGCCACAUGUAGACAUGCUGUUUAACCAUCUUCAGAAGAGGAACAUAGACUCUGUCUUCAUCGCAGGGAUCACCCAGAGGUUCACUCACAGCAUCCAGGCUAUCAGGGACUCCGUUCCUUCUCUAGUUGAGGAUGAGGGGUAUAGGGGACCUGUACAGGAACCACCCCCGAAGAAACGGAGGGCAAUGGGAGAAGAAACGCAACAGCAUCUGGCAAUAGAGGUAUGUGAUACCAUUAUGAGCCAUGCCAAGGAGAGGUUUUCUUUCACCAAGCAUCUCAUCAGCGCCACUCUCUUGCAAGGAGACUUGUUCCCUCAACACAGCAGAAAGUUCCCAGAUUCAGCACUACAAACCACAGUGGAUGCCUACCCCAUGUUGGACAAAGCUAGACUUAAAACAGAACUGACCCUAAUCUACGAAAAUGAGGACUUCCAGGGUUGCAGUGGUGCACUGGCUCUCUUUCAGGUUCUAAUGGAAAAUAACCUUCAAGACACAUUCACUGAAACUGUAAGUCUUCUCAAGAUCCUCAUCACCACACCAAUGACAACUGCAGAAUCAGAGAGGUGCUUCUCAACUUUGAAGAGGAUAAAAACUUUCCUCAGGAACACUAUGGCACAAGAUCGCCUCAACGCUCUGGCUAUGCUCUCUAUAGAGAAAAAACUCACACGGGACAUUCCAGAUUUCAACACAAGGGUCAUUGAGAGAUUUGCCACUCAGAAAGAUAGACGAGCAAAGUUCCUGUACAAAUAAGAGUUCCCCAUCCCUUUUAACUCACUCACCCCCCGCACUCACUCACACAUUCACUCCAUCUACCUCUCUCAUUCACACAAAUCUAACUGUCACAGACACCAUACCUUAGUCUCUCUACUCCUUUACUCUGUCUUCCUCUCUCUCACACACACUCGCCCUCCAUCUCUCCAACUCACUCACUUCGAACCACACACACACACACACACACACACACACAGAGAGGGUCAUUCUCUUAUCUCUAUCACUCUCUUUCUCUCUCUCUC